UGAAGAUCAACUUUUUCAGUGUUCAAAAUAGAGCUUAAUUCAAGUGAAAUUAGUGUGAAAGUAAGUAAGAUAUCAUAGAUCAAGAGACGACAAUGUCAUAUUUGCUAACCUCUAGGAGAUCAAGGCUACCAAGACUAAUAGCUGGGAUUGUGGUGCUAACUCUUCUAUAUGCUGCCAUAAGGAAUUCUUCGUUAAAAUCCGAUACAUCUCUUGGACCUGUGGAUGACGUAACUGAUCUUCUUCAAUUCAAUCAGGAUGGAAGCUUACAAGUGAUUUCAAAAAAAGAUACCAAGAAGAAUGAGGCAGUGAUUCGUCCAGGAUCUGAACAAGAUUUUAUGCAUGCUAUGAAUAAAGCAGUGGGUAAGUGUCCUGAUUAUGUUGAUUACUCCCAAAAAAGACAUCCACCAUAUUCAUCAGGUCCAUAUAAAUACCCAUUCAUGCGACCUCCUCCUAAAUGUAGGACAUUCACUUCCAAAGCUGUUGAGGCAUUGAUUAAUGAUUUGAAAUCCAAAGCCAUUGAUGACGAUCUUGCUCGUUUGAUUGAGAAUACAUUGCCAAAUACAUUAGAUACCACAAUCUUAUGGCACAAAUCAUCUUUAAAAGAUAAGUCAAUUCCUCAUCCCCAGACGUUCGUGGUCACUGGAGACAUUCAUGCUGAAUGGUUAAGAGAUGCUGCAAGACAAUUAUCAGUAUAUCAACCCUUAAUCAAAUAUGAUCCCGAUUUGAAGGAAUUAAUUAAAGGUGCUAUCAGCACUCAAGCAUAUUACGUGGUCACUUCUCCAUAUUGUAAUGCAUUCCACCCUCCACCAGGUUCAGGUGUAAAGAGAGGUAGUACAGCCGUGGAUCAAGUCUUUCCAAGACCAGAUUGGAGACAAGUUUUUGAAUGUAAGUAUGAAAUCGACUCCCUAGCAUCGUUUUUGACAUUAAGUAAUGAUUAUUUUGAAAACUCUGAUGGUGAUAUAUCAUUCAUCAAUGGAGAUUGGUUGAACGCAUAUGAGAAGUUAUUAAUUGUCUUGAGAAGAGAAUCAAAAGCAUCGUUCAAUGAAGAAACAGGUCAAGCUAUGAACUUCCAUUAUUCUUUCAAAAGACAAACUGAUAUAGGUUCGGAGACUUUACCAUUAGGUGGUGUGGGAAACCCUGUCAAUUUUGGAACUGGACUUAUUAGAAGUGCAUUCAGACCUAGUGAUGAUGCUACUAUUCUUCAAUUUUUCGUUCCUGGUAAUAUUCACGCCUUAACUGAAUUAAAGAGAACUCGUAAGAAUUUCUUGAGGGAUGAUAUUAUUACCGAUAUUGAUAUUUCGUUAUUAACUACAGUUACUGAUGAAUUUAUCAGUGGUUUAACCAAUGGUAUUGAAAAGUACGGUAUCGUAAACCAUCCAAUCCAUGGUAAAGUUUAUGCAUAUGAAGUCGAUGGUUACGGUAGUGCUAUAUUUAUGGAUGAUGCUAAUAUUCCUUCAUUAUUAUCUAUUCCUGAUAUGGGGUUCACCAGUGUGGAUGAUCCAAUCUAUCAAAACACUAGAAAAAUGCUUCUUCAGAAAUCAGGUAAUCCAUAUUAUUUACAAGGAAAUAGUUUCCAAGGUAUUGGAGGUCCUCAUAUUGGAAUCAAUAAUGCUUGGCCAAUGUCACUUUUAGUUAUGAUCAGAACCACUGAUGAUGAUGAGGAAAUAAAGAAGAACUUGAAAUUAGUAAUGGAAACUACUGCUGGAUUAGGUUUAAUCCAUGAAAGUGUUAAUGUUAAUUCAAGGGGAGGUAGGGAUUACACCAGACCAUGGUUUGCUUGGAGUAAUUCUGAAUUCGGAAAGACCAUAAUUCAUUUGGCAAAACAUAAACCACAUCUUGUUUUUAAAGAGGAGUUUGCUCAAACUCCCUACAAUAUUGAAUCGGUACUAGCUUCACUAGUUGAAAAUUAAUAGAAUUUAUACAUAUAUAUAU